UCGCACUGAAAUCUAAUCAUCUAGUAACCUUCCUAAAAUGGCUAAGUCCCUAGGAUAAUUAUAUAGUUAGAUACUAAAUAGUAAUGUCACACUAGUUAGCAAACUAAAGGGGGAGACCUACAACGGUCGCCCCGACCUUGGAAAUAUAGGAAUAAAUUAAUUGCCGCAUAGAUUAAUGUUAGCAUUUUCAACAUGAAAAGGGUAACACGUUUUCCCCAAAAUGUCUCAAAUGAGUCAAAAAAUCAAAGUUCAGAAGUCACUGGAAGCAAGGCUGGGGAGAAGCGGAAGCAAUGGGAAAAUGGCUACGGUGGUGGCCGAAACUCAAAAAGAAGCAAGAAGCAGAGAGGUAUGAAUAAAAACCGAGGCGUGACGUACAAAGUGGACAGAGAGCAAGAACUGUGUCCUCGGUUGAUUGACAGACGGACAGAUACUGAUCCCAAAUGUAACAUGGACACCUGCAAAUUUACACAUGACUUGCAGCACUACUCAUCAAACAAACUGCCAAGCCUCGGAGAUGAGUGUUAUGUUUUCAACACCAGAGGACAUUGUCCUCGUGGACUUACUUGCAGGUUCAACUCGAAGCAUGUUACUGCUGAAGGUCUAAACAUUGUUAAUGAAGCUCUCUACGCUGAAUGGCAGGCAAACGUUAGCCUUCAUACAGUAAACGGGCUUAACCACAGUGUACAAUAUGCCUUGAGGAAAAGAACAUAUAAUUUUGACAAGUCAGAGAAGGUAUUGGUUGAAUUGAACAAGGGGAUACAAGCAAAUAAACAACAAACAAAAGACAUAGAAUGUGAACCUGUGCUAGAAACAAAACUUGAAGGUACUUCAAAACCUGCUGACGCCAAAGAUGAUAGGCCUAGUGAGUGUGUGGUAGACAAAACACUUGGGCCAACAUUAAACAAUGGCACUGCCAAAUCUGAAGGUUCAGAGAAGAAAAAGAUAGACUGGAAGGACAAGCUGAUUCUAGCUCCGUUGACCACGCUAGGUAACCUACCGUUCCGCCGUGUGUGUAAGGAGUUUGGAGCUGACGUGACGGUCAGUGAGAUGGCGAUGGCAUCAUGUUUGCUGCAGGGCAAACCCCAAGAGUGGGCUCUCACUAAGCGGCACGGAUCUGAGGACAUCUUUGGCGUUCAGGUGUGUGGAGGCAAUACCAACGUAAUGACCCGCUGUGCCCAACUACUACAAGAGCAAACCAACAUAGACUUCAUAGAUAUUAAUGUUGGCUGUCCUAUAGACCUUGUAUAUAAUCAGGGAGCUGGAAGUGGACUUCUGAACAAGAAGAAGGCAUUGUUUUCCAUUGUGAAGAGUAUGAAGUCAGUGAUUGACGUGCCUCUGUCAGUCAAGACACGGAUAGGCGUGUACUCCAGCAAACCUGUGGCUCAUACAAUGAUGAGAGAUCUGGUAGACGCUGGAGCUGAUGUAGUCAUGGUGCAUGGCAGAUCCAAGGAGCAGAGGUAUACUAAGCUGGCAGACUGGGAGUACAUCGAGCAAUGUGCUCAGGCGGCAGCUCCUACACCGUUGGUUGGUAAUGGAGACAUACUGUCCUAUGAGGACUAUGACUUAGUUAGGGAGAAGAGUCCGACGUGUGCAGCUGUGAUGAUUGGACGAGGAGCUCUCAUCAAACCCUGGAUCUUCACAGAGAUCAAGGAGCGUAGACACUGGGACAUCUCCAGCCAGGAGAGGCUCCAGAUGUUACGCAGGUUUACCAACUACGGCCUGGAGCACUGGGGCAGUGACACUAAGGGUGUGGAAUCUACUCGUAAGUUCCUGCUAGAAUGGUUGUCCUUCCUCUACCGCUACAUGCCUGUAGGACUCAUGGAGAAACCUCCCCAGAAGAUGAAUGAGAGAGUUCCUUUGUUUGAGGGGAGGGAUGAGCUGGAAUGUCUCAUGGCCAGUCCUAACUCUACUGACUGGAUCAAGAUCAGUGAGAUGCUGCUUGGCCCAGUCCCUGAUGGUUUCCAGUUCAUACCCAAACACAAGGCGAAUGCAUGGAGUGCUACGUAAGACUGUUGAACUGUUUACAUCCGUUGGAGACAGAUAAUACUUUUCUAUCUUCUAUCGAUAAGGCAUUCAUACUCCACUUGUGAUUGUUAACUGUCAAUCAAAUAAACUUUAAAAGACGUUUAAAUACCAA